AUGGCUGUGGGGAAGUAUUCUCGAGUUGACGGAAGGAGGUCAUUGAAUUGUUGUUCGACGACCAGUCUAGUUGUAUUUGUUGCAUUUUGUUUAGUUGGGGUCUGGAUGUUAAUGUCAACGGUUGUUCCAAUUCAGAAUCAAGACUCGUCAUCUGACGAGACCGUAAAUGAGGUAAAACGGCAAACGACAACUGAUAAAGAUUCCAAGCAAUUCGAAGACAGUUCAGGUGAAUUACCAGAAACUGUAAUAAAAAGGGAUGACAAUGGCAAUGAUUUACAGAGUGAAAGCCAUUUGGAUAUUAAGAAUGCUCAGAAUGUUGCAGAGGAUUUUUCUGUAAAUACAACUGAAGAAAACAGGAAGAAUUGGUUUUCAAAGGAGGAAUCUGAGGUGAAGACUGAGCCAGAAAGUGAGAAUGGUGUUGAGGGAAAUCAGCAAGAGAAGCUUUUAGAGGAGAAAUCUGAUGAGAAACUUGAGACUGAAGAGCAAACAAAGACUGAGGCUGAAAAUGAUGGGGAUGGGAAAACAAAUGAUCAUGAAGCUAACGAGACUUCUGAUGGAAUAAAGCAGGAAGAUGAAGUGACCAUUCAGAUUGAGAAGGAAAAUGUUGAGAAAUAUCAAGACAUUCAUUCAGAAGAAAGUGAUAGUAAUAACAUAGAAAGCCAGGAAACUACAGCUGAAAAUGAGCAAGGGUCAACUGAAAUCGUGGAGUCGCAGAAUGAGAAAGAAACACAACAAUCUUCCUUGAAGCUUCCAAGUACAAUGCACUAUGAACAUCGAGAGAGGCACUGCCCUGAUGAAGCCCUGACCUGUCUUGUUCCUCUUCCAGAAGGAUAUAAACGGUCCAUUCAGUGGCCUACAAGCAGGGAAAAGAUAUGGUACCACAAUGUUCCUCACACCAAGCUCGCAGUAGUUAAAGGGCACCAAAACUGGGUUAAAGUUACCGUGAAUACCUCACAUUUCCUGGUGGUGGAACUCAGUUUAAGAAUGGUGCUCUUCAUUACAUUGAUUUUAUCCAAAAGACUGGGAAUGUGUCUAUGUGAUUCUGUGUGGUCUCUGCCUGAUAUUGCUUGGGGUAAAAGAAGCCGCGUGAUAUUAGAUGUUGGGUGUGGUGUAGCCAGCUUCGGAGGUUCUCUAUUUGAUAGAGAUGUUCUUGCUAUGUCAUUUGCCCCCAAGGAUGAGCACGAAGCCCAAGUACAAUUUGCACUAGAACGGGGAAUCCCUGCCAUAUCAGCUGUUAUGGGUACCAAAAGACUACCCUUUCCAAGUUCUGUGUAUGAUCUUGUCCACUGUGCACGCUGUAGAGUCCCUUGGCAUAUUGAAGGUGGUAAACUUCUCCUGGAGCUUAAUCGUGUCUUGCGACCUGGUGGUUACUUUGUCUGGUCUGCUACUCCUGUUUACCAAAAGCUUCCUGAAGAUGUUGGCAUUUGGAAAGCGAUGUCUAAAUUAACAAAGUCAAUGUGCUGGGAUCUGUUGGUGAUUAAAAAGGACAGACUCAAUGGAGUGGCUGCUGCCAUAUAUAGAAACCUUCUACCAAUGAGUGCUACAAUGAAAGAGCACGCAUGA